AUUAAUUUCAUUCAUAGCCAAUAGAAGUUAGAACAACAACAGAUUAAGCUCAGGGCAAACCCUAGAAAUACUGAUUACCCCCAAAUCCGAAGAAACGAUUUCGUCUGGAGAUAUCAAAGAUUUGACAAUGUCACCGGAUCAUAGAAUGUCACCGGAUCAUAGAGAUAGCCAUAGAAAGAGGUCUCGUCCUCAGUCUGACUACGAUGAUAACGGUGGAAGCAAACGGAGAUAUCGUGGUGACGAUAGAGAUUCACUUGUGAUUGAUCGCGAUGACACUGUAUUCCGAUACCUGUGCCCGGUAAAAAAGAUUGGGAGUGUUAUUGGUAGAGGAGGUGAUAUUGUCAAGCAAUUGAGGAAUGAUACUAGAUCGAAAAUUAGAAUAGGCGAAGCAAUUCCGGGAUGUGAUGAACGUGUUAUUACUAUCUAUAGCCCUAGUGAUGAGACCAAUGCCUUUGGAGAUGGAGAGAAAGUUCUUUCUCCUGCGCAGGAUGCUUUGUUUAGGAUUCAUGAUAGAGUAGUUGCUGAUGAUGCGAGAAGUGAAGAUAGCCCUGAAGGAGAGAAGCAAGUUACUGCUAAGCUGCUUGUACCUUCGGAUCAGAUUGGUUGUAUUCUUGGGAGAGGUGGCCAAAUUGUUCAGAACAUUCGGAGUGAAACUGGUGCUCAGAUUCGUAUCGUCAAGGACAGAAACAUGCCUCUAUGUGCCUUGAAUUCAGAUGAGCUCAUUCAGAUAUCUGGAGAAGUGCUCAUUGUUAAGAAGGCACUGCUUCAGAUUGCUUCUCGCCUUCAUGAAAAUCCCUCACGUAGUCAGAAUCUACUUUCUUCUUCCGGUGGAUAUCCUGCUGGCUCACUCAUGAGCCAUGCGGGUGGUCCUCGACUUGUAGGUUUAGCACCACUGAUGGGUUCCUAUGGACGUGAUGCAGGAGAUUGGUCACGCCCUUUAUACCAACCUCCAAGAAAUGACCCACCGGCAACAGAGUUCUUUAUUCGGCUAGUUUCCCCAGUUGAAAACAUUGCAAGUGUUAUAGGAAAAGGUGGUGCUCUAAUCAAUCAGCUUCGACAGGAAACCAGAGCAACCAUUAAAGUUGAUAGCUCUAGAACUGAAGGAAACGAUUGUUUGAUAACUAUAUCAGCAAGAGAGGUUUUUGAGGAUGCGUAUUCCCCAACCAUUGAAGCAGUAAUGCGGCUGCAACCAAAAUGCAGCGACAAGGUGGAAAGAGAUUCUGGACUUGUUUCAUUCACCACUCGUCUUCUUGUGCCAAGUUCUAGGAUUGGUUGUAUCCUUGGUAAAGGAGGAGCCAUCAUAACUGAGAUGAGAAGAAUGACCAAAGCUAACAUCCGCAUACUUGGGAAGGAAAAUCUUCCAAAAGUUGCAUCUGACGAUGAUGAGAUGGUUCAGAUUUCUGGAGAACUUGACGUUGCCAAGGAAGCUCUCAUACAAAUUACAUCAAGAUUAAGAGCCAAUGUUUUUGACCGAGAAGGUGCUGUUUCUGCACUUAUGCCGGUCUUGCCUUAUGUUCCCGUUGCACCAGAUGCUGGUGAUAGAUUUGACUAUGAUAGUAGAGAUAGCAGAAGACUUGAACGCGGGAAUCCUUAUCCUGGUGGUUAUGGCUCAAGUGGUGUGUCUGCUGAAGGGUACUCGCCUUAUGGUGCGCCGGUUGGUGGUAGUAGUAGUACUCCAUAUGGAGUGUAUGGAGGUUAUGCAUCUGGACGCAGUAGCAGUUCUGGGUUAUCAAGUCAUUCUUCAACCUAUCGACGCAGAAACUAUGAUUACUAGAAGCUAUUGGUGGAGGUGAUUAAAAAGGUUAGAUUAUAAUAUUGUUUGUUUAAGUCCUUUUAAACUUUAGUAUACCUAGCUAUAUACCCCAAGUUCAUGAGAUAAUCUGAUCUGAUCUGUCCCAGUGUCAGAAUCUGAUUCACUGCUUUUUUCCCUUUGUGACCUUUUCCCCAUCCCACUAAAACAGUGUGAGAUCCUGAAGCCUGAAGCCAACCCACAGCCCACAGUUGAAGCCUUUUCACCAAACAAGAUGACAAAGCUGAACCACCAAACUCUACCUAGGAGAACUGAUUACAUGUGGAUGAGAUAUUUAAGUUUGUUUCAAAACUUUCCAUGUCCUCUUGUAACCAAAAUACUGCCAAGUUCCUACCCAUUAAACCUUAUCCAGUUGGCCUUGGCUGUAAUGCUGUCUAUCUUUCAGUUUACCUUUGUCUUUCCUUGGAUUAGAUUCAGAAAACCUUAGUUUGGUUGUGCGUAGUUCCGUUUUGUAUGAAUUAUAUAUGUUAAAAGCUCUCAUGUACUGGUUAAGCUUACAGCACGCUUAAGCCUCUCUCCCUGACAGGUUUCGGAAUCACAAACUAUUUUACCUUAUAAUAAUCUCUCAGAUUUUUAAAAGAUCGUAUGCAGGGAAAGAGAUAAGUGAGAAUCUCUUGGUUCUUGUCGACAUUGUUCAGGUUAAUCAACCACUUGGGCAUAUCAAUCUGUUGUGCCCAUUUGGUCCACAUGAAAGGUAUAUACAAUUCUUCUUCUCUCUUUGUUGUUUCUUUGCACAUAUGCUUCUCUGCUAGCAGUUCAAAGACAGGUUGCUAUUUCUGGAAGAUUGUCGUUUUUGGAAACCAAUCUUUUGACCAUUAGAUUGUCGAUAGCUCCAUCUCGCCAUCAGUUUGCGCGGUGAACACUCCGAAAGAUUACGAUCCGGUUUUCUCGACUCAGCCACCCCGGUUUUUUGCUGCCUAAAUUAAAGAAAUCUCUUGAUUUCUACAAUGUUUAAUGAUGAGUUAAAUUGGUAGCAAGAACUAUAUUUUGUUUCAACUUCAAGCAGUUAAAACUUAAAACUACUGAAACAGUUUUUUUUUUUUUUUUUUUUUUUGUAAAAUUAUGUAGAUCAAACAAUAUUUGUAUAAAUUUUCCAUCUUUCCAUUUUAAUCCAAAGGC